AUGGCCCCAGCUGUCACCAGGCUCGUUUGUCGGUUUCCAAACUGCAAUCGGGUCUUCAAAAACAAGUCUGGCCUCACUCAGCACACACAUGCAAGACACAGCACCCCACAAAUACAAAAUCUCAAUCGCACAGCUCUGCUCGCAGGUCCUGGAUUCAUACCUCCACGGAGUCGUUCUCCCACUCCAGCAGGUGUUAUCAAUGAGAAUUUCUAUCAAGACCCAGUGGGCGACCAAGAUUUUGUACCGGAGGAAGGUACUUGGGUGGAUAUGGGGCGCUUAUUCCAUACUUUCCAUCCACACCUCACAGGACUCAAAUGCGAUGCUAAUGGGGCAUUUAUUGACCAGGAUGCACCCCCACCACCUCAUACGGAUGCCCUCCCAACCGAUUGGACGCCUUAUGACAAUCGUGCUGAAUUUGAGAUGGCGGAAUUCUUAUUCACGCGCAAUCAAAUGUCUGCAAAGCAGAUUGAUACACUUCUCGACUUGUGGGCCGCGACUCUCAUUAAGCACAAUGACGCCCCCCCAUUUGCAAACCAUAGGGACAUGUACGCUACAAUCGAUGCAACACCACUCGGCGAUACCCCUUGGAAGAGCUUUACGUUGUGCUACAACGGAGCCAAACCCGAACAAGACAUACCGCCGUGGAUGGAUGGACAAUAUGAUGUGUGGUAUAGAGAUCCAUUGGAAAUGACGCGCAGCAUUUUGGCAAACUGUGCUUUCGAUGGAGGAAUCGAGUAUUCACCCUACCGCGAUUACACUACCGAGGACAAACAAUAUUGGAAGAACUUUAUGUCUGGUGACUGGGCGUGGAAACAGGCAGAUGAUAUCGCUCGAAAUGAGGAGAAUUGUGGUUCGACAUUUGUACCAUUGAUUAUUGGCAGUGAUAAGACUGUUGUUUCUGUCGCUACUGCUACGAAGGAACAUAAUGACGACAUCAAAUACAGAAAUUUUCGACAGCAGCUGUUCCAGCGCUCCCUUGCAAAGAUUUUCGAGUCUGUGAAACCUUUCAUGGAAAAUUUCGAUGUCACACGCUUUCUGGAUGGCCACUAUCGACGCACGGUGUACGGCUUGGGCCCUUACAUUGCGGACUAUCCAGAACAGAUACUUCUCUCUGGCGUCGUGCAGAACUGGUGUCCACGCUCACAUACCGAGUUGCUCAUCAAACAACUCACAUACAAACAGGCUUGGGAUGAGUAUGGCAUCAUUGCCGAUCUCGUUCCAUUUACAAAUGACUUUCCUCGAGCGGACGUCCACGAGCUCCUAUCUCCGGACAUCUUGCAUCAAAUAAUCAAGGGAACUUUCAAGGAUCAUCUGGUUGAUUGGGUGGGAGAGUAUUUACUGAUCACACACGGUACCUGUCGUGCAGCUGAGAUAAUGGAUGACAUUGACCGCAGGAUAGCAGCAGUUGCCCCAUUUGCUGGAUUGCGACGCUUUCCUGAUGGGCGAGGUUUUUGGCAGUGGACAGGUGACGACUCAAAGGCAUUGAUGAAGGUCUAUCUAGCUGCAAUUGAAGGUCACGUUCCUCAAGAUGUGGUGCGCACAUUCAGUGCAUUUUUAGAAUUUUGCUACACUGUGAGGCGUGAGGCUCUCACUGAAGAUGACCUCGUAAAACUACAAGAUGCCCUCGACCGCUUUCACCAAUAUCGGGGGAUCUUCAAGACAACCGGUGUGGUCUCAACAUUCUCCCUUCCACGUCAACACUCCCUGUGCCACUACAUAUUACUGAUUCGACUUUUCGGCGCACCCAACGGCCUUUGCUCUUCAAUUACCGAGUCCAAGCACAUCAAGGCAGUUAAAGAACCUUGGCGUCGAUCUAGCAGGUUUGACGCACUCGGACAAAUGCUACUAACAAAUCAACACCUCGACAAACUUGCAGCUGCUCAUGUAGAUUUUGAGGCAUGUGGUAUGCUUCAUGGCUCUUGUCUGUCCAAUGCUUUGGGAGAACUCCAGAGAUUCCCAUGUUGGGCUUGCAUUAACUCCCCAUAUGUUAAUCGAUUUGCUCCUGGACCCUUUCUGACAAUGAAUAGCCUCGAACUCGACCUUCCACGCCUCCCAUUUAUGAUUCAAGAAUUCAUACAUAAUCAACACUAUUCAAAAGAUCCCAACCCUCCUGAGUUUGAUCCGGCAACAGCGCAAGUAUUCCUAGGGAACCUUACCAUCUUUAAUUCUGCUGCAGCCUCGUUCCAUGCACCCAGUGAUCUGAGUGGUACGGGAGGUAUGCGUCGCGAGCACAUCCAGGCAACACCAUCAUGGCGCGUUGGCGAACUGAGGCAUGACUUUCUUUGCUUUUUCUCAUUUAACUAUCGGAUAUCAUACUAUCCCUGCGCCAUAGUUCAUUGGUACUCUUAUGUCCGCAAAGAACACGAUCCCGACACAGGCAUGUAUGUUGUCACACCGGCGACAACUGGUGACGACGUCCCAGACGUCUCAAUUAUUCACAUCAAUUGUAUCUUUCGCGCUGCCCAUCUCAUUCCAGUCUAUGGCCCGGACUUUAUCCCAAAAAUAAGUCCACACAACUCAUAUGACAUGUUCGACUCGUACUACGUCAACAGAUACGCAGAUCACCACGCUUUUGAAAUAGCAUGA